AGUAAAAUGGCGGCCAUAGUGUUGAGUAGAUCGUGUUUUUGUAGAUGUUUACGUUUGGAAUCGUUUAGUUUAAUUUAUAGAACUAAAUUCAUUUCUCAGUUUUCGUCGUAUCAUAGAUUAGUUAAUAUAAAACAAUUUAAACGGUCGAAUAAUCUCAUCCCUUUGAGAUCUUUGUCUAGUGAAGUGAAAAAUCAUGUAACUGCCGACUUAUAUUCCAAAGAUGACACUCGCAAGAAAGAUGAUAAUGGGAAAAAAGACUUCUCUAAGAAAGCCAUGAAACUUACAUUUAUCAUAUUUGGUACAAUAUUUACCGGAGUCACCGCAUUCCUUAUAUAUGAAUGGGACUACACCUUGUAUUGAAUCACACAGACGUGGGAGAUGAAGGUAUACCGAGAGGAAAAUAUGUAACAGUGCUGCUUGAUGAUUUAAAACUUAUUUUAAUUUAUUAUUGUUCUAAUAGUCACUUCUGGAUCCAUAUCGUGAUAAUUUGCUGAAUUUUCCCAUUAGAAUUGGUUAGU